GGAAUAGAUCUAACUCUGGCAACGCUGGUUGCUACCCGUACCGAACCGAAGCGUCAGAGGCGUUCAUUCGCAGUCGACGGUCACUUUGAAAAUCAAUUGCCCACCCAGUGAGCGCUACUUAAGUAAUUUCACGACAUUCACCGGGCUCAAGAACCUUUCGAGAUAACGACACUCACUUUUCUCACCGCGGCAACUCGAAAACUUGCAUUUUCUGCCACGAAUUCUCGGUGAUUCACUUCCGCGUGACGUUCUACGAAUUGAGAUUGUUCAAAAGACUUUUCUUCGACGAGCCGCAUCAAACGCAGAGGAUGCAUUCCAAGCGAGAUGAACACUAGGCGUCGCUACAAUCGUCUCGACACAUUAUUAAAUGUCUUGCGUUGUUUGUAAAUGAUUUUUUACAUUUAUGUUUAUUUAUAGUAAAUCCGCGGAGUCAUAUUAGGAUUAUUUGUUUCUGGGAUUUUAACGCGUGUAAACGGUUUUCUUUGUACAUAGUAUACGUGUAACUAAACCGAAAGAUAUCAUUGUACUGCGCAUGUAACCGUGCCUUCUAUUGGAUGUUUGUUUUGCCCGCGUACCGAUGAUUACAAACCUGUCCAAAUAAUCAGUGUCAUUUGAAGUUUGAAUAAUUUAAAGAAAAAUGGUAAUAGCAAUUGGAUUUGAAAGCAGUGCAAAUAAAUUGGGUAUUGGAAUUAUUCAGGAUGAAAAUGUAUUGUCAAAUGUACGACAUACUUAUAUUACACCUCCAGGUGAAGGGUUUCUGCCUCGUGAAACUGCGCAACAUCAUAGGACAUACAUUCUUGAUGUUUUGCAAAAAUCAUUAAACGAUGCUAAGCUAAUGUUGAAAGAUGUGGAUGUAGUUUGUUACACAAAGGGACCUGGGAUGGGAGCACCAUUAACAGUGGCUGCACUGGUAGCAAGAACAGUUGCACAACUAUAUAAUAAACCAUUAGUUGCAGUAAAUCAUUGUAUCGGUCAUAUAGAAAUGGGACGCUUAAUCACAGGUAGCACGAAUCCAACCGUUUUAUAUGUUUCUGGAGGAAACACACAGGUCAUUGCAUACUCUCAACAAAGAUAUCGCAUUUUUGGAGAAACAAUAGAUAUUGCUGUUGGAAACCUUUUAGAUCGUUUUGCAAGAUUGUUGAAACUUUCUAAUGAUCCUAGUCCUGGGUAUAAUAUCGAACAAUUAGCAAAGAAAGGAAAAAAAUUAGUAUUAUUACCAUAUGUGGUAAAAGGCAUGGAUGUAUCCUUUUCUGGCAUUUUAAGUUACAUAGAAGAACAUCUCCCUUCUUGGCUAGAUUCAAAAGAAUUUUCUCGAGAGGAUUUGUGUUUCUCUUUGCAAGAAACUGUGUUUGCUAUGCUUAUUGAAAUCACAGAAAGAGCAAUGGCUCAUGUACAGUCAUCUGAAGUACUGAUUGUUGGUGGUGUAGGAUGUAAUCAAAGAUUGCAAGAUAUGAUGGAAAUUAUGUGUAAUGAACGAAAUGCCGUACUUCAUGCUACAGAUGAACGAUUUUGUAUAGAUAACGGUGUAAUGAUUGCUGUAGCAGGAUUACAUCAGUAUAAAAGUAAUGGACAUACUCCCUGGAUGCAAACAACUUGUGUACAGAGAUAUCGGACAGAUGAUGUGCACGUUUCAUGGAGGGAAUAGGCUAUUUUUAACUAAUUGUAAAAAGUAAAUUUUAUAUUUCUACUAUUAAUAAACAUUUAUUUUAUUCGUAUUGGA